AUGGAAGGGGGCCAUCGAUCCCUCCUCACAGCCCCCCUGCUCGCCGAAGCGGAGCUCCGAUCUGGGAGUGAUGCGGAUGCCGCGGCCGACGUUAUCCUGGAUAUCAGAGAUGCUGGCAGCCUCCGCGGCAACGAGCUGAUGCAGGGAUACUCCUCAGAGAGUGUCGAGGGCGACGUCGAGGUGGUCGUAACGGCGGGAGGAGAGGACAGCAAUCCGUUCGACCUUCUCGGUGCCGUCCCGUUCCGGUAUAUUCGGCAGCCGUGCUCCCUCGAUCCGUUCCGCAACCAUACGCCUACUGUGGAGGGGGUUUACGAGUUUUCUAAGAUAGUGCUUUGCCUGCCACUCGCCCUUGCUCGCCUCGUCCUCUUCGGGCUCUCCCUCGUGGUGGGGUUCUUGGCCACCAAACUGGCGUUGCAGGGCUGGAAGGACAAGCAGAGCCCCAUGCCGAGGUGGAGAUGCCGCAUCAUGUGGAUCACCCGGCUCUGCGCCCGUUUGAUCCUCUUCUCCUUUGGGUAAGGGGAAGAAAUUCUGACUCAUUGAUCUUUGUUCUCGUUGUGAUCAUGUCUCAUGGAUUUAGUCCUCUCUUAUGAACUAAAAUACCAAAUUUCUCUCUUGCUUCUUCUUUGGGCUAAAUAUGAACACGAAACCAAAAAUUUGACGGACAUCUUGGUGUUUCUUUCUUGUUCCGUGUUCUUCCCUUUAGUGACAUCCGAACAUAAAUAUGCCAUCUGUUUUGAGCCUCCAACUUCUGUGACACUCUCUACCAGACAAGCUGUAAGUUUUGACAUGAACAAACAGUGCAUAAAAAUGUUCUAUAACUCGUGGAGGUGCUUGACGACUUUCCUUGGGUUUGAUGACCUUCCCAUUUCAAUGGACCAGAGUGGUCAGAGAUCUGCAACAUAAGCGUCUUAGUGCUUCAAGUUUGAUGAGAAGGACAGUAUUCAGAGUUAAAUAUCUUAAUUACUUCACAAUAUGAUGUUUUCUACUAUGUGAUUGUUGAUAUAUACAUGAGUGUUCUGUAACACGUUAGUGGAAGUAAUAACAACUUUUGACUCAUUGCUUGUCAAUGAUCUUCUGGGUACAGACCUGUUUCAUGCUUCAACAUAUACUAGUUUUAAUCGUUUUGAGGCUCAUCUGUAACGAAUUCUAGGUACAGUAGUCGUCAUCUAAUUAAUCAGCUCAGACACCAGACUGUUCAUUGCCACCCAUUCUAUCUCACCCUAAAUGGAACGACUCAACCAGUCAAUCUGUGCCCUGACCCAAGACCCAUGUCCGCUUUUUUCCGCCCUUUUAUUUUGGGCUAACAGUGUAGCUUGGAUUCUGAGGUGAUCUCCUGGCCAAUAAGCAGAAUUCUUCUUCAUACAUAAAAAAUAAAAUUUAAUCGCAUAAUUCAGACUGACAUUACAAUAAUGAUUAGAAUUGGUUAGUUUUCUAAACCUUGGUUGAGAGGAAUAUUCUCUUCUUUGACUGAGCAUCAGAUUUAUGUGGUGGGAUAAUGAAAUUCAUUUGUGAUCAUGUGUGGCUGUUGGCAAAAUUACUGAGCGUUUCUAUGAAGCUGGCCGUUUCUCCUUGUAUUUCAAUGUAUUUCAUAGUCAGAAUAAACCAGCAUUUUAAGCCGAAAUGAAUAAUGACUUUACAUGCGUUAUGCACCUAUUCUAAGUUCAAUAUUUAAAUCGAAUUUAGAUGAAUUGUUACAUUGCCAUCAUCAUCAUCAUCAGUCCCUAUCCCAUCCAUUUGGCAGCAAAUUAGAUCUUUAAGGCAGAAAUUCUCUGAGGUCAACUUUAUCAAUGCCGAAGCCUGGCAAAAGGAUUUGGUAAGCAUGAAGGAAGUACUCCCAGUUAAGAGAUUGGGUGGGGCUUAUGAGACUAUGUGGUGACUUACUAAUGUGGAGCUGGAUGAACACUUCAAUUGGCAUGUGCAUAGAGGAAUAUCAAAAUGUGGGUCCUUACUUUCUGUGCAACACGUGUUAUGAUUCUUUUAACAGAUUGCUCAUUCGUUGAUCUCCCUUUCUGUUUAAUCUGUAGAGAAAGGGGUUUUCUUUCUUCCCUACCUGAAGAAUACCUGUGGUUACCCACACUCUACAUCUUCUUUUAUAUCUUCACUGUUUUUUUUACUCAACACAAUAUAAUUGGUGGUCCUUUAUUACUGCAGUUUUUCUAGCUUUAGCUUCUCUGGUUUGAUGCUCUAUGAUCAUUUUUCUGAAGACAAUAACCUGGUUUAAGCGGGGAAAGGGGAAUUUACAUGUGGGAGAUGCACUAAAAACAUGUUUUCCAAAUCACUUCUCUUUCCUGAAUGAGUUUAUUUCGCUAGUUGUUAUAUAUCUACGGAUAUCGCUUUAUUUUUGGGAUAUUUCUAUCUUAAUUAACCCUUUUUCGUUGCCCAGUUGUAAAAGUUAGUUUGAGUGUUUUCCACUAAUACUCGUGAUGGAAAUCCAGUCCUGCCAUUUAUUGGAUGGAUUUGACUGAUUUUUUGAUUGAUUAUCAUGUGCCUGUGUCUUCUUGUCAGAUAUCAUUGGAUUAAACGGCGAGGAAGGCCUGCUUCCAGAGAGAUUGCUCCAAUUGUGGUGUCUAAUCAUAUUUCCUAUAUAGAACCCAUUUUUUUCUUUUUUGAGCUAUUUCCAACUAUUGUGGCCUCUGAGUCACAUGACAGCAUACCUUUUGUUGGAACAAUUAUCAGAGCUAUGCAGGUAUCAAUUAUGAUCUCUCAGGCUGUAAUUAUUUUAUCAUUUCUUGCCAAUAGCUAUACUGAUAUUACGGUUUUGAUCCACAAAGUCUUACAUUUAAUGCGAUAUUUCAUGUUUUAGGUAAUAUAUGUUGAUAGAUUCUCUGCGCCAUCGAGAAAAAAUGCUGUUAACGAAAUAAAGGUACUGAUUUCUGGAUUGAUGUUAAUUCUAGUAAUUAAUCCUCUCUGGUAUGUCCAAUUUUUAUCUUGUAGUCGUACCAGAUAAACUUUAAAAUGAAACUUUGUUCACCUACCUACUUCAAUUUACUUUUGCAUCUGCCAAUAGCUUGUGGAGAAUAUGGUCCAUAUAAAGAUUUUACUUGUAUAAGAAUAUCAGGACGCUGUUCUAAUGAUCAUCUAUCAAAUUCUAAGUCUGGAAACUGAGGUUCUGUCCUUUAUUUUUAUAUUAUAUGCUAUGUUUUUUUUUGGCAUCUGGGUUUGUGAUACAUACAGCUACAAUGUUUCCUGUUAAAAAGUGGUAUUGUCAAAAUCAAUGCCCUUUGUGAUAUUCCAUGGUUGUUUAGAUGUUCAGGUUUGUCAAAAAAAAUUAUACUUCCUUUCAAUCCAGCUACACAUGAGUAAGUUUUUUGCUAGUGAAGCAAUAUCAUUCAUUUUAUAGAAGAUUAAAGAAAUCUUUAGAUUCUAGGGCUACGUGACUGGAAUUUCUUCUCUUAACUUCGUGCACUUUUUUAAAGCUCAGUGUACUCUUUAUAUUAGUCGUAUAAGUGGGGCCAUGUGUUGUUAAUUCAAAAAGCUCAGUGAAAUAUUAAAAACUGUAUCUUAAUCUUGCAACAUUGUGGGGCCAAGGCGUAUAUUAAAGCUCAGUGUUGUUAAUUCAAAAACUGGAUCUACUGAAAAUUUAGUAAAUUGCAACAUUGACCUGCUGCAAUGCUGGAAUUGUUGACCCCCGCAGCCACGCUGAUCGGAAACUAGUAUAAAAAAGGGAUUUUAGUAAAUUAUUGGGUCACAAACGUGAAGGAUAUCUGCCCAUCCUUGCUGAGAUAAAAUAAGGGUGACGGAUAAAAGAUAGCAUAGAAAACAGGACAGGAUAAAGAAAAUAGUCAAUAAAAUAGACAUCUGGUUCAAAGUUGACAACAUCUGUCAAUCAUUUUGUGCAAUCAUAUGUCACAUUAUCAUUUAACAUGAUCAUGUUAGUUGUGAAAAAAAAAAAAGCAACUGAUCUAAGCAAAGGAAGAGCAAGGAAACAAAUCCAAGGUUUAGUUUUCAUCACAUUAUUUCAGUGACGGUUUGAAAUGAACUUUAAUCAACAAGUCGGUCACGCAAAUUAAGUCAGAUUUGUGAUGAGAUUUUUGUUAAUUCUGGAAAUUGUGUUGAUCUAUGAGAAGAAGAGCAUUUUACCUUGAGAAGAAGAGCAUUAAAUUGUGUUUUAGGUCGGAUUAUGUCAAAAUAAGCUUUUAGGUCAGUACGAAGCACAACGGGAUUGGUCGUUUAGUGAAUCCCCUGAGGCAUUAGAAAUAUUUUUGCAAGGCUUGGUCUUCAAUUUGCUCAGUUUUUUAUAACAAUUUAUCUUUCAAUUAGAUAAUGCUAAUGCCACCCCUUAUUAGUUUUGUUUGUGACAUUUGGUCCAAAAAGUCUUUUACGAUGUUGUAUGUGCAAGCUCUUUCUAGGUCUUGUUUACAUAAUUUCCGUGUCUUUAUGACAGGUAGCCUGACCUGCUAUGAUUUGCCUUCAUUUCCAUACUCUGGAACAUAGUAUGUGCAUAUUUUUAGAAUUGAAAGGGGUGAAUGUAUUGUCAGGGCCAUGUUUUUGCUUGACUGAAUGUAAUUGUGAGCCUUUUUGUCAUUCUCCGUUUAUUUUGUUAUAAAAAUUUGAAAUCCAUUUAGUUUCUGUCCAUAUAUUCCCUAUUUGAUACAGAAACGUUGUUUUAAGGAUCUAAAUUCAGAGAAAGGCUUCGUCCAAUGGGUUUCCUCGAGUCCUUCUGUUUCCAGAAGGUACUACUACAAAUGGAAGGGCCAUUAUCUCAUUCCAACUUGGUGCAUUCAUCCCGGGGUUUCCAGUGCAACCCGUUAUUGUUCGUUAUCCCUACAUACAUUUUGAUCAGUCAUGGUGAGUCUUUUUGUCUCCUGAAGUUUUAUAUGUUGUUUCAUAUGCUACAUAAAUUCGUGAUUUAGUAACACCAUUUUAAUUCAGGGGAUUUAUUUCUCUGGCAAAGCUUAUGUUCAGAAUGUUUACCCAGUUUCACAAUUUCCUGGAGGUACCGCCUUACUAUUCAUUCAUUUUUUGUUUGUGUUGUAAUACUACUGGAUUAAUACAUGUUAACGAGAAUGUUACCUUUAGAAGGAUGAGCCUUCAUUUAGUUCCUGGUUUUCAUGGUCUUGGGGAGACGUGCAUUAUAUGCUCCAUGCCAUUUGCCUGAUCAUUUAGAUCGUUCCUUUUUGGUAACGAUAUCACUUUGAUUGCGUUUGAUGUCUCUGUAAAAGGUCGGUCAAAUUGGUGCGGUAUUGGUUUUCUGAAAACCGUCAAAAUGAAUCUAUUGGUUGUUAGCUUAACUGACUGCGCCGGCUCAGCUCUUACUCAUGUGAUUUUACAGAUAAGAUUUUUUAUGGAAUAGAUUUCCUUUCAAAAACUUCAUUGUUGCUAGUCUUCUGAUAUUGAUACCUAUGGAGGAUUGGAAUAUUGGAAAAUUAAUAAUCUCAUAUGAUUGAAGUAUAUCCAUGGUCAGCUGAUACCGUCUUCUUUGUUUAUUUUAAUUGUAUGCAGAUAUUAUUUUCCAUGUGGUUGAUGACAUUCAAUGUGGCCUUUCAUAUGAUCAUGGAAGAUUCAUGCUCAAAUCAUAAAAUUAUUAUGUUCAUAUUAGAUGCAUGCAUGUCAUGGUGGGUAUUACUCUCCACUUGGUCCGUGUCAUUCAUAUAGGAGAAGGGCUAAUGAUGCCCUUUCUAGCUGUUGUAAACAAAAUGGGGAACACUACACUCAAUGAUUUCUUUUGUCAACUAUCCUUGAGUGGAUAGAAAUUGGAGAUAUGGUAUAAUGUAUUUCUUUCCGUUCUGAUCUAAAUUCUUGAAAAUAUCUUGUCUGUUAGCUCAUUAAUUUUUCUAGAACUGUGGAUUAAAACCAUGAUUCAUUAAAAUAAUAUCACUCAUUGUACGCUCGUCAUAUUAAUUGCAUGCAUUUAAUGGUAGAUAUUACUUUCCAUAUGGACGGUGUCAUUCAUAUAGGAAGAAGGGUUAAUGGUCCCUUUCUAGCUGUAGUAAGCAAAAUGCGAAACAUUACACUCAAUGAAUUUUUUUGUCAACUUCUAGUAGAUUGAAAUUGGGGCUACGGUAAAACGCAUUUCUUCCACUCUAAUCUAAAUUAUUGAAAACAGCUUGUCUGUUAGCUCAUUAAUUUUAUUAGUACUGUGGAUUAAAACCAUGAUUUAAAUAAAAUCACUCAUUUUAUACUGUUUCUUUCAAUUCAACAUUAUUGAACUCUCAUCAGUUUUUUUCCCUUAUUCAAAAUUAUUCAGAAUUAUACUGUGGAUUAGUCGUUAUAUUUUUUAUGUUUACAAUAACCUGAGAGCAUCAGGAUGCUCUCAGUAGCGUUACUUGUUCAUUUGCAGCUUGUAGGAAAUGAUGUGCUUUUAGUAACUCUGUGCCUGAGCACUUUCAGGUUAUUUUGAUAGUAAAAGAAAAUAUCAACAUUUCUAUCUACUUUGUGCUAUGUGCAUAUGUAUCUUAAUGGACUCUGACAUUAUUCUAAAAAAAGUUUCAACUUUUCUACCUGAUUUUGUCUGUUUGGAUAUGCAUUCUAUGUGAUUGGUCUCUGACAUCUUCAUUCCACAGGUGGAAUACCUCCCCGUCAUUUUCCCAUCAGAAAAAAAACUUGAAACUGCCUCAGAAUUUGCUGAAAGGGUAAGUAGAAUUCCCAAAAUGCCUAUAGAUCAUUGAUGGUGCAAUGGAGAGUUGAUAAUGUAUUUCUUUCUCACAUGUUUCAUAAAAACUAAUAGACGAUGCAUUUGUUUCCAUAACAUGCCCAUCAUUAAAGGAAUCGAAUCAAGUGUAAUGUGUUUAUUUCCUCUCCAUCUUUACAGACAAAUAGUUAUUUUGAUAAGAAGCGAUGAAAUACUUAUGAAUAGUUGGUUGUUUAUUAUUUAUUGUGAUUUGAUUUUUUUAUAAUGUAUAUUUUAUUAUAAUUUUAUUAUUAAUUUAUUUUUACGUGUAUGCUUAUUUUUUUAUGUUUUAGAAAUUUGUGUAUAUGCAUACUUUUGUAAUUUUAAAAUGUCUAAUUUUCGUAAAAAUAUUUCUCAUAUAUUCAAAAAAACCUCUGAAGUUAUUCCACUUUUGGCGGUGGGUCAAGAAUAGUACGAGCUAUAAGGUAUAUUGGCUAAGGUUUUAUGAUUACCUUUUACUAGAAAGAUCGUUUUUCCCAUAACUAUUCAAUGUCCUCAUGAAAAUCAUCACGUGGCCCAACCACCCCUCUACUGAAUAAGGAAUAAUUUCAUUUUUGUAACUCUUUUUAAGUGAGGGAACUCUUUCCAUUAUGUGAAUUAUUGUCACGAGAAAAUCAGGGUGGUAAAGAAUGUCAUGAAUAACCCUGUCAGGGUUUGUGCAGGCUAGCCAUAUUAUGGCCGCUGCACUUGAUGUUGUGCAGACGUCGCAUUCAUAUGGGGAUGUAAUGCUUCUCACAAAAGCUUCAGAACAUUCGAAAGUGAGCAUUUCCUCUUUCCAUUCUUUGUCACAAUCACAUAUUUUCCUGAUACAGAUUAUUUUAUUUUUAAUUAAUGAAACCACAAGCGUAAUUUAUCAAUGCAUGCAACAAAAACAUGAAUAUUGGGGGUUCUCUUCUGCUUGGAGCUCACAUGCUUAGCAUCGGUUGGUGCUAUUUCUGAACAUGUUAGCUAGGUUGCCUUAGCCAAAAGUUGGAUCCCUUGUUUCCUCCCUGUUGUGUAUUACUCAUUCUAUAUUUUGCCUAAGCCUAAGAUUGGACUCUUUGAACUGGAUUUUAUGUUUCGUUUUGUCCUCUUCCAGAAUUCUAAUCGAAACAGAAGUCAAAUUGAACGGAAGAAUAUCCAUUGGACUGACCUUUUCCUUCAGCUUGGUAGAUUUAUUCAAGAUUGGAUUGGGCCUGAGUGAUAAGUGUGGCCAACCUGAUUUAACAGACUAUGAUAACAGUGGUUAUCAUAUCGAGUAGAUGAAAGAAGCAAGCUUUUAAUGUUUUGGCUGUAAAUCAUGUUACACACCAUUGUCAUGUUAUGAGUGAAGCUCCUAUUUUGAUAUGGUCAGCAUCUCUUGUUAGGUCCUUUCCUACUUCUCCAUUUGGGCUGCUUACUGGGCCUGAGCAAGAACCACACCCAAACACGUUUUGGAAUUAUUUACCACCAUAAAAGGAAGAAUGAUGUAAGGGAGACUGAGGGCAAGUGGGCCCAUGGCCCACUUACAAGGACCCCUGGGCCCCUACUGUGGGGGCACUUUUGGAAGAAGUCAGCAGGAGAGUGUGUUGCUCUCGAGUUCGUCCUCAACAGGGACCAAAACAACAACAGAACAAUGAUAUCGACAAAGGAAUAUAACCAAGAGAAACAGAACAGAAAGGGGUUUCCGGAGGAAACCUUAGAGCACGGGGACGAGUUCGAGAGCACCCCUCUCCUACUGACUUCUUCCAAAAGUGCCCCAAAGUGGGGGUCUCACGGGACCUUGUACCCUUACUCUAUAAGUGGGCCACGGGCCAACUUGCCCUCAGUCCUCCCUUACAUCAUUCUUUCUUUUACGGUGGUAACUAAUUCCAAAACGGGUUUGGGUCGUUGGUCCUUGCUCAGGCCCAAUAAGUGACCCAAAUGGAGAACUAGGAAAGAGCCUAACAAUAACCCCCCAUCUGUUCCACCUUGUCCUAAAGUGGAAGGCAGGGUAAUUGAGCUGGAGGGCAGAAACCAGUUCCCAAAUGGCUUCAAAGUCGGGUAGCUGUUGCCACUUGAUGAGGAUCUCUAAUCAAUCCGAACCUUGGCAUCUUUAGACCUAUCUGAUUUGUCAUAAUUUGAAAGUCUAGUCUUGAGCAAUACACCAUUUGCUACAAGGUCUGCAUUCUCCUGAUGACAGCUUGGAGUCCCAGGAGACUCCCCUUCAUUGUGAAUCGUCUCUCACAAGCUUUCAAUAGCGAGAGAUGCAAAAGCCCUGUCAGUUGCUAGCACAAGCUCUUUAGGCCACACUGCCUUUUCAUCAUCCCUUUGGGAUUCCAUUAUCAAGGUGAUCGAAUUCUCCAAGGCCGUCUGGACGCUCGUUCCCGUGCAGCCCACAGCAAUAGAAAUUGAUGAACCUCCAACACGACGUGGAGAAACUUCAGAAACUCGUUGACCCUUACUCUCGCAUCUUUGAUAGUCUUGAGAUGUUUCUGGCUCCAAAACAUGAAGGUAUGAGCUAGAUACGACAAUGAAACAAGGUUGUCACUCAUCCAUACUGUUGUCAAUUCCUAUCCAACCAUCAAUUCUCUCAUUUUUUGAAAGAUCUUGAUUUUAGCCCUGCUGAAAAUCUUUCUCCACUCAAUAAAAACGAGCUGCCAGCUCAGCUCUUACACAAAAAAGGCGCACUCCUAGUAUACUCACUUGAAUUGUCCAUUUCACUGGCACAUGGUCAAAUGGUUCCUGAAUCCUGCUUGGUCUUUUGGUGAAUUCAAGUUUGUAACGAGUCCUUUUCCGCAUCAUAAACCCCUGCUCUGGGUGAAUUCUCUUGUUAGCACACCAGUUGAAUGGAUUUUCUGAAAUUUCGUUCAUAAUGUUAAAGGUUCCACAAAGGGGUGAAGGGUGACCAUCCAAAUCACCAUAGUGACGAAGAAAUAGUACUAGAGCUUCUGGAGGAAAUAAUUCUAGCUGCCAGAGGAAAGGAUAAAGAAAGGACAAAAAGGAAAGCCUUUUGGCUGCUAGCGGAAAGGAUAAAUAAUUCUGGCUGCAAUGAGGCUCAAGAUGAUGCUACUACUAAUUUGGUUGCUGUUACUUUUCUGACGAGGAAUACAUAUUCCCCUCAUGAUGACGGUAUUGAUACACAGAUGACAAUCUGUAUGUCCAAGUGAGUCAUAUUCUGCAAUAGACCCAUUUUAGUUGCAUUAAUGGAAUUUAGCCCCAACCUGAGUUUGGUGGAUUUGGGAACCAGUAUUGGAGCUGAAAUCAAUGUUUCGAAACCUGAACUUUACCAGGGAAUGGAAAGCCCUGAAAAUGGUGGAUUUAGUGUUGAUAAGGAUCUCUGGGCCAUGGCAAGAAGAGUGGUAUUUAAUCUUAUCACGGACAUCAGUAGUGUUUCAGUUUAUCUUAACAAUAAGGAUGGCUUGCUGCUGGAGCAGCAUUAACACAGGCCCAAUCCUGUAUGAAGACCAAGUCUACCAACACCAAACGGAAGUCCAACCAGGAGCAGUGUAGAGACUCUCCAAGGCACCACCGGAAUGGAGGUCCUGAUCAAAUGGAAGGGUCUACCUGACUUUGAAGCUACUUGGGAAGCAGCAUCAACCAUCCAUCACCAGUUUCCUGACUUCCAUCUUGUGGACAAGGUGGAACAAAUAGGUGUGGGGGAGGAGGGGGGGUUUGUUAGGUCCGGAACUGUUGGGCCCAAUACCAGGCCCAAUGUCCGAGUUACUUCAGCCUGGAGAGGGAAGGUUAAAAUGUAGAUGGGUCAAAGGAAGCUGGGCCAAGGGACCAUGAAGGAGAAUGGGUAUAAGGACCCUUAAGGAUCCUCACUAUGGGGCACUUUUGGAAGAAGUCAGUGGGAGAGUGGGGCGCUCUCAAACUCAUCCCCAACUGUUUUAGAGUUUCCUCCGGAAACCCUUGUUCUGUUCUUUCCUAUUUUCUGUCUCGGUGGAGUUAUUUUCGCCUGUUCCUUUCAGUUAAUUUCCCUGGUUGCUACCCUAGUUUCUACCCUUGUUUUGGUCCCUGUUUUAGGACCCUAACAUCUCUCUUUCAUCUUGCCGAGCUAGUCAACAUUAUUUUUAUUGAAAAGAUGGAGCAGUUGAUGGAUCGGAGGCAGUGAAGGUUAGGGGAAUGCAGUGACUUUCCUCCUGUGAAAAGUGCUCUUUGUAAGGAACAUAAAUUAUUGGAGCUCCACUGAGGGGUUCCUGGGGUAUUGUGGAACUUAGGCUCAGUUUAAACCAUAAGUGGGAUACCUUGGUCCCUAGGCAAGGUACAUUAAGCUGAACCCAGACUGGUGGAUGUGGGCUUGAUGAUGAUGAUAGUGAUGGUGAAGUUGGCAAGUUUGUCUCUGAGGGGUUCCAGUCCCAUGUUUUUCAGAAAGUCAUAUGUCUUGCCAAAACUAGUGAGGGUGUAAAACUACAAGCUUUCAUUUAUAAAGGUUGGACUUGCAAUACUAUUAUAAACUUUUAUUUGUUAAUAUUAUCAUUCUUGUUGGCAUUUGGGGAACUUUAUGCCAUAGAAAAGUAUUGAUUUUUCUUGAUCAUGCUUUCAAUGCUAUGCCUAAUUCCUAUGGUAAUUCAGUUACAGAUAUUCUUGAUAUAAACACUGAUAUAAGCAAGACCUGUAUCCAAGGCUGCCCAAGAAAAUAUAUAUUUUUGGUCUUGGAAGGCUUGAAAUUAAGCUAACUUGGCCAAUACCUUUAUCCUCAUUAUUUCAUGAGUUCAUCCUUGAAUAAAGUUCACAUUGAAGGAAAUGCCACUCCUAUUGACUUUCCUGUUUACUAAUCUAUUUGUUGUUCUUCAAUUUUCUGUCCAGGAAAAACCCUCUGCUUACAUGGUAGAGAUGGCGUGGGUUGAGAGUGUAAGUCCAACUUUAAGUAAUGCACGCUUGCUUUUGGUAGAAAGUCUAAACUGUCUCGAUUGCCACUACUUGAUGCACUUCCCUAGCUGUGCUGCUUCUUUCAGCUCCCCUGAAUCAAUGUGAUUAAGCAAAUAAUGAAGUUUGUUUCUUCAACCUUCAUGAAAUUAUUUCAUGCACAUAAUUCUCUAAUUAUAUGAAGUUGUAUAUCUGUUUUUGGUGGAUAAGUUUUACCUGUGUUACCGGUUUCACUUUAUGGAAAAUCCCGGCAAAGAUUUUGAGAUGAUAUGUUUAUUGUAAUUUGUAUCAAAAAACUUUCAAUCGCCAAACAGGAUCACCUAUGGACAGUAUGGAUCGAGCUUAAUAGGUCAUUGAACUUAUUUGACCCUGAAAUCAUAACAAGUUGCAAUGAUCCAAUAGUACACAACUUCCGACUGCUAAUCCUUUCGAUGUAUCAAUCUCCAUCCCCAAUUCAAUUGUUAAUUGUUGUCACAGUAUCAAUCUCCUGUUUCACCAAGUAGUGCUUUGUUUUUUGGUCUAAACAACAGAGAUACUAGAACCCACUGAAUGCUGCGUCUCAUGUUGAGGUAUAUGUGGAUUUUUAUUUGAAAUUCUACCUCACUUUUGAAUUUUUUUGGGGUAUUUAUUUUAGAAGGCAAUUUUGUAGAGGAUAUUCCCAGAAGUAUGCAAUCCUUAUGUUCGGAAAGGAAUUACUUUCAGGACCAACGGCCGACGUUCAUGUUUGUUCAUCUGUGUCAUAAAGACCUCAAUCUGUGAGCUUGAAUGAGUGGCUUUAUUACUUCAUGCGACUAUAAAACCCCUCAAAUACUUUCACAUCAGUUUAUCCACCGACAUAAUUGUUUCAUCAUUUGUCAUCAUUCAUUUCCAAUGAUGUACAGUUCUGAAAAAUCCCAAAAGGAUGUGUCAUUAGCGGCUCUUGGAGGUUUUAAUACGGAAUUCUUAGGACUAUUUUUGAGACUGGAUAUUCUUCUAAUUAUAGAUCGUUUCUAGUAAUGUAUCUGUAAAAUAUGUUAUAUGGUUUUCAAUAUUAGCUUGUAUUAAUGAGCCUCUCUAGUUUAGUUUUCUGGAAAUUAAAGAAAUGUUGCUGCACUUUUGGUUUCAUUAUUCAAUAAAUCUUUUAUAUCUAUUUUAUUUAGUUUUUGAUUAUUCCUGGAAUUUCUGUCGAUCUAAUGUAACCAUCUUUUGUAGUUAGUGAAUGUCACUACAUCAGAAGCUUUGGAAUUCUUGGAUAAGUUCCUUGACAUGAACCCAGAUUCCAAGUAAUAUUCAGUUUUCUAGAAAAUUUGAUUUACUUCCUUCUGCAAAUAUUUUCAUCUUCGAUUUGUUCAAUUGGAUCUAUCUAAUUUAGAUGAAUAUUUACCUUUUUUAUUUAAACUCUUGAUGUGAAUUUAAGUUCGUUAAUGUGAAUUUUUUAUAUUUACUUCAUCUUAAAAAAAAAAAUUAUUGAUUUAUAUUUCAUAAUCAAAAUAAAACUUCAAAAUAUCCCUAAUGCUUAGUAAGAUCAGUGAUAAUAUGUUGUGCCAUAAACAACAGAAAAGUUGUUUGUGUACACACCAUAUGGUCGAUGGAUCCCAAAUUCUGAAACCCUGAAUCAAAUAACUUUGGCUCCAAAAGUAGAGAAAUCAUUCAGAUAUGAUCUUUCGACAAUUUUUUGUUUACCUGGAACCUCCAAGGGUCUGAAAAUGCGGUCUUAGGCUUCUACCUUUCUUGUCUAUGCUAAUAUGCACUCCCUCCUUGAUAUGGCUCACUGUUACUCCCUUCAGUUUCUCAUGUUCUCUGUCCCAGCUACUCCUCUUUUAUGAGGUCCUCCAUUCGUUGACGUUAAUUUAGUUAUGGUUAUACUUUCUGCUGCUAGCUGUUAUGCCACACUCCUUAGGGAGAUUUCUUGCUUCAAACAAAAGCAUCAUUUCUACAUCCUGCUGCUUUUGCUCCUCGCCAUUAAGCUUUGGUCAGAUUACGGUUACCGUUAUCUUUACAUAAGCACAUGCAACUGUCAACACUUUCUUUUUAUUACUUUUGUGACAGUGACUCACAUUCUUGGAACCUGAAGGAUCUGCAUUAAGUUUAGCCACAUGCGCUUGCAUCCUAUGGCAAUAUUAGUAUUUCUCUUCUGUAACGAUGUAUCUUUGAUCAAAGAACUUUUAUCAUUUCGUUAUUCGAUCAGUCAAGCAUGAGAUAGGAUUCCUUGUUAUGAAGCUCACAGCUCUGUCUCCAUCUUUCAAACAAUUGUGCCACCUAAUCCUUUCUUCUAUCGUGUUUACAGUAUUCCACUUCCAAAAAUACAUACCUGGAUUCCUCAUCCAUCAAAUCUCUUUGGGACAAUAUUGUUCUCAGACCAAUUUUCUCAACUAAGUGGGCCGUUCAGACACGAUUCGGUGCUUUUACUCUUUUUUUUUGAUGUUCACUGGGAUUGGGAGGUGGAGUAAAGGUCGAAAUCAGCUGAUUUCGCACACUAUGCAUGUAACUAAUGUUCUAGCCGCAUGUGCUUUCCAAUUUUUUUUUUUCUCAUUAAGAAUGCUCAAGUGUUGAUUAAUCUCAGUGAUGAGUUGGCAGCACAUCCAUCUUUACAGUUUUGCAAGAUAGUCACUUCCAGAUGGUCAUGAAUUAGUUUUUCUUUUGAAUUCUGGCUUUUCAUUGAAGUCGACUGGAUUAUGAUUCAAACUGGUGCGAAAUAGUUGCUAUUUGCAUUCUUUAUAUGACAUCUGGGAGAUUUUACUCUAUAAUAACCGAGCUAUUUAUGCUGUGUCACUAUUUCAGUGGUCGGGUUGAUUUUCAUGACUUUCUAACAUCUAUGCACUUGGGUCCUUCUAGUCCACUCUCCGAGAAGGUCAGUGUUCAUUUUUGCAUCCUCCGUUCUUCUUUGCAAUAUCUCUUUCCUUUGAUUUUUCAGGGCUUGCUGAACGUUAAGCUGGAGACUAGGUUGAAAGAAAAAAAAAAGAAAAAAUGAAAGUUUAUGCAUCUAUCUAUGUCUGUUUUCUGGUAAUUAUUUGGGCUCCAUCAUGUUUCCAAGUCGGGCGUCCUCAGUUGCAUUUUAAACCCCGGUUUAGGUUUCCUUUUCACCUCAAUCAAAAACUGUGUAGACCCCGCCGAAGAUUCACAUGAUGAGAAGAGGAACUGAUGAGAUUCGCUCUAUGAACUGAGGUAACCGCCAAGUUUGUUCAAAAGUUUAUCAGACUUGAGCUUUCCUGUCAGUUCAAAAGGCUUCUGACAGUAGCAACUCAUAUCGAGCAUUUGUAUGGCUUUGGAUGGUGAUUCUCUGGCCGAAUGCUUGCUUAGAUCACUGUAGAUACUGAUAUAGUUGUGGUCAUGGAAGUAUUUUAGGAAAAUGGCACGGCACAGUUGUUUUUAAUCGCUUGGCUUUCCCCUUGACGAGUAACUGUGUGUACUAUCAUAUUCAUGCAGACCUUUUUCAUGUUUAGAUUCUUUCUGCAAUUAUUUAAUCGAAUAGGGUAUUGAUUUAUAAUUUUUCACUGACGUACCAUAGUGAUGUGACGCCGUGCAUUUCAUUAUGAAGGUUUUUCGAUUCGUCGAUGUGGAGAACAAAGGAUUUAUAACCUUUCGACAGGUAGGAAGAGAGAACCAGUAUCCUCAAUAAUCUCAAAUUCUCGUUCCAUUCAAGAGCAUAGUUAUUGUGGACUGCAUUUCUCCAAACGUGAAUUUACUUUGAGGUCUUGGACUAUAUCAACAAUGAUUUUUCCUUAGAAUUCGGAUACUUUAUUGAUCCACUUGCUUCCCCAAUUAAGUGAUUUCCACUUGCUAUUCCGGUGUAAAGUAGAGAAAAUACUGUCCUUAUAAAAGAAGCCUGAUUUCCCAGAGGAGAUGGCCUGCUUACUAUAUUUUAAUUGGGAUGACCCGAACCGAUGCAGUUUUUGCUGGGCUCCGGCAGCAUAUUAAAGCAGGCGUCAUUUCAGCAGACGUGUGGGGAAAUCUUCAGUGAAUGCAGCAGUGGGGAUCUUCUGUCGAGAGAGAAGGUAAUUUCUUCCUUGUCUGUUCUACGUGUGGGGGCAUGAGGUGUUUGAGGCUCUGACCCGUCUGGCCUCUGCAGCUGGGGGAGGUCGUUGGAUCCGCAAUCCCUGGAAUCUCCUCGGAAACUGUAAGCUCUUGAGCACUAAUCUUUACUCAAUGAUGGCCGCUAGGCUUCUUGACUGUCCUCUCCUGGUUGCAGCUUCGUGAGCUCUUCAGGUCAUUUGAUGUCGACAAAGAUGGGGUGGUCUCUAGGAGAGACUUCAUGGAGUUCUUGCAGAAGAACCCACUGAUGAUCGCCGUCUUUCUGGUCAGCAAGAGGCCUCAUGACUCAAUGGACGUUUAUUACUGA